UAUCACUCGACUGUAUGGGUUAACCUGUUUAUGUGGAGAAAAUCAAAAUAAAAUGAGCGGAAAAUACGGUAUUACUAACCCCCUUUCACCGGACAACUUUAGACUAUUAAAUGUAAUUUGAACUGUAUUUGACCAUGGUAAAAUGACCAAAUAAAUGUUUUGUAUUGUUAAAUAUAACAUUUCUCCGUAGAUAGAUAGAUGACAGAUAGAUGACAUGCGAUCACGUUUAUACAACAGUUGAAGUCACGCUUUCAGAAAGAGAGAGAGAGAGAAAGAGAGAGAGAGAGGGAGAGAGAGACAGAGUAAAGGAGGGGACUCUCAGUAGUGUUAUUUAGUCGAGGAUAAAUUCUUGGAUGAAUUCACCUUAGACCGACCAUCACAACACUUAUGCUCUCUGAUUUCAUAUGAAUCACUCAGAAACGCCGCGAGCGCUGGAAACUUCAACCCUGGCCUGAUCUGAUGCUCAACAGGUUAAUUGCGUCUGAUCACUUCAGAGUGGAUCUGCAUUGAUUGUGAGGCUUGCAAAUACAUUGAUGAUGGAUGUCCUGGCGGUUCUAGGCGAUUUCAUUCAACUGUCAGCGCGGAGUGCUUUACUGUCGCUGCUGGUGUGUUUAACGCUCAUGUUCUGGAGUCGUUCCGGUCGGCGGCAGCUGCCGGGUCCGUUCUCUUGGCCGGUCAUCGGUAACGCCGCUCAGCUCGGUACCUCACCUCACUUUUACUUCACCCGGAUGGCUCAGAAAUACGGCGACGUGUUUCAGAUCAAACUGGGCAGCCGAAAUGUGGUGGUUCUGAACGGAGACGCAAUUAAAGAGGCACUAAUUAAAAAAGCUGUCGAUUUCGCCGGCAGACCCGAUUUCGCUUCGUUCCGGUUUGUGUCCCAUGGGAAAAGCAUGGCGUUCGGUAAUUACAGCCAGUGGUGGAAACUGCAUCGUAAGAUCGCGCACAGCACCGUGAGAAACUUCUCCACAGCCAACAUCCACACCAAGCAGACCUUUGAGAGGCACAUCGUGUGCGAGAUCGGAGAGCUCAUCCGCUUGUUUCUGACCAAAACCCGCGAGCAGCAGUACUUUGAGCCUCACCGGUAUUUGGUGGUGUCCGUGGCGAACACAAUGACCGCCGUUUGCUUCGGUAACCGGUAUUCGUAUGAUGAUGAGGAAUUCCAGCAGGUGGUGGGCAGAAACGAUCAGUUCACCAAGACAGUGGGAGCUGGAAGCAUCGUGGAUGUGAUGCCCUGGCUGCAGUACUUCCCAAACCCAAUCAAAACGCUCUUUGACCAGUUUAAAGAGCUCAACAAGGAGUUUAACGAGUUCAUUUAUUCUAAAGUGGCGGAGCACCGCGAGACUCUUUUACUGAGCCUCGUCCGUGACAUGACUGACGCCUUCAUCGUUGCUCUGGAUAAAGGGCUGUCAGGAGGCCCGGGGGUCUUUCUGGAUAAAGAAUACGUGCCACCGACCAUCGCAGAUAUUUUUGGGGCCAGUCAAGACACUCUAUCUACAGCUCUACAGUGGAUCAUUCUGUUACUAGUCAGGUAUCCAGAAGUCCAGAAACGUCUUCAGGAGGACGUAGAUAAAGUAGCGGAUCGCAGUCGCCUCCCAACCAUUGCAGACCAGCCUCAUCUUCCAUACGUCAUGGCUUUCAUCUACGAAGUCAUGCGAUUCACCUCGUUCGUCCCUGUAACGAUUCCACACAGCACGACCACGGACACGUCCAUCAACGGUUAUCCCAUUCCUAAAGAUACCAUAAUUUUCGUCAACCAGUGGUCUUUGAACCAUGACUCAACCAAAUGGGACCAACCAAAGGUAUUCAACCCACAGCGCUUCCUGGAUGAGGAUGGAGCUCUCAACAAAGACUUAACCACCAACGUGCUGAUCUUCUCCGUGGGGAAGCGUAGAUGCAUUGGAGAAGACGUGUCCAAGAUACAGCUUUUCCUCUUCACCUCCUUGCUGGUCCAUCAGUGUAGUUUUACAGCAGAAAGUACUCCCAGCAUGGACUAUCUGUAUGGGCUCACACUUAAACCCAGAUCCUUUAAAGUGUCUGUCACACUCCGUGACAGCACAGAACUGCUUGAGAGCUUGGUAGGAACGUCUCAGACACCUACACAAAAGAGACCGAAACCUCAAGUUUGAAGGGAAAUCAAAGCAUGCAACUUAAAUACUUUGCCAAAUGAAGGUGGCUAAGAAAACAAACACUGAAGAAUCUCUCAUAUCUGCAUUAUAGCAAUAUAUUUAUAGAUGUAAAACUCAGGCAAAAACUUUUUUAGCUCAGAAUGAGCUACAGCCAUAAAAACACACCCAUUCGUUACUGUUACUACAUGAUGCACUGAUUCAUGGUAUAUUAUGCAAGAGUAGCAAAGCAGAAGCUACACAACAAGACACUGCAUGGUUUAUUCAGACAAAUAAAAGUAGGUUUAUGGAGUAUUGAGACAUCUACAUGCAUAGCAUUAUUCAGUCGAGCAGUUUGUGUUACUAAUUCUAGUUCUUCUAGUUGAAAUAUAGCUAGAAGAUAUAUAUUUAGUCUUUAAAAUUUUUUAAAUUUGCUCUCUUCAUGCUUCAAUCUUUUAAUGGCAACAUUUUUAUUAAGUGGUUUAAAGUCAAUGUGAAACGCUGUUCCAUGACGUAUUUCUGAAUGAAACAAGAUAUUCGAUGAGAAAAACCUGUAGUGCAGUAAUUGAUUUUAUCUAUUUGAAACUGACUGGAUCAUGAAAAAUCAUUAAGUCAUUACAUUUUGAUAAAAUAUUACAGUAAAAAAAAAAUUAAUUUGGACUAAUAUGCUACACUUAAUCAUUCGUUAAAACAAUAGGGUUGAUUACAUGUCAUGUCGACUUUAACACAUUUAGUUAUUAUUCUAAAUGACUGCAUUGAGCUUAAAGCAAGUGUUGUUGUUUGUUGUUGCUUAGGGUACUUUAGCUCAAACUAGCCCUACGCUGCAUUGUUAAUGUCCCUAUAUAAAGCUCAUAAAAUGAGAAAUUUGUAGAAUAUAAACUUAUAGCACUUUAUUGUUCUUCUUGAUAACGUUUCCAGAUUCUCACUACAGCAUUGUUGAAGUCUGUGCCUUAUUAUUAGAGACUUCUUAGCAUUAAUCUAUAAUUAAAAUAAACAUAGGCAGGUUUAACACAGUUCACUUCCAUUGUGUUCGCGCAACAUCCUUCCCAAUCAAAUAUUGUCUGGAGAUCCUCACAGUAGGUCACAGGAAGUCCCCAGUGAAACUAUUCUGAGCAUCUAUGUUUAUUAUAAGUUGAAUGUGAUAUUUCAUAUCUGGCACAUGAUGUUGUGUAGAUGAAAGGAAAUACAUUUUGAGUCCCUUCUAGUUUGGGGAAUCCUGAAGGGGAAAUUCAGGGCUUGUUAACUAACAUGUAUAAUAUGUGUUAUGAUUUCAAUUUUUUGCUCAUUUCUAACUGCUGCAAUAUAUUUUUGAACUGUAAUAGCAAUGUUUGAUCUGCUGUAAAAUAUUUUUGGACUGUAAUAGCACUUAAUAAUAGACUGCUGGUCUGUAUUAGAUCUACUAUAUUUUAUAUGCAAAAAAAUUGAUAAGUACGUUUGAUAUGUAGUUCCUAUUACGUGAUACCAACAUGUAAUAUUAUAUUUUUCUACUUCAUAUAAGCUCUGACAUUUGGCUGCUCUGUAAAUUCUAAACUGCAUUCAGUUUACAGUUUUUGUAAUUAAAUGUAGUGGUUCAAUAUAUAUUAUAUAUACACGCUCAAUAAAUGUACAAGUCAAAAAAAUAUAUAUCAUUAUUCAAGCUUUUAUGAUAAUAAAUGCAGAAUAAUAUUGUAUUAUAAUAUUAUAUAUUGCAACACCUAGACACAAUGUGAUUAUGUAAACCAAAACUUCUCAUUUGUUGUAUUCAAACAAGUUGCCCUUAAAAUAGUGGCAAGUAAAAAUAACCAUUCUAACAUUAUUGCACACAUCAUAUCUGCACGCAGCCACUCAAUUGGGCAUUUAAAAUAGAAGGAAAGUGUGUAGGAUAUAUCCGUCCCUGCGAAGUGCUUUAUCUUGCUUUCCCAGCACAUCCUGUUCUGAUCAAGCCUGAGGAUUGUAGCCAGCCGAGCUUUGAGUGCGUGACAAGUCCAGAUAAAGCCAACUGAUUACUGAUACACCAGCAGCCGCCUGCUCCCCUUCCAGGCCCUGCUAAAGAAAAGAAAAGAAAACAAGCUUUACUAUUGUCGGAUUAACAGUACACUAAAACUACAAAGCUGUCACUGGGAUGGCACCCUAAGGUACAAAUGUUAAGCGGUACAUGUUUGCACCUUAUUUGGAUCCAAAUAAUACCAUUUAAUAUACUUUUGAAAGUAUACCACUCCAGUGACAGGUUUGUGUACCUUUUUUUUUCUAAAAUUGUAGGAUUGUAGCAGAAGUGUUUUCACCAAGGAGAUGAGGUAGUCAGUGCAUCCUUAAAAAAGCCAGAUGACAAAAUAAUCAGCAGUAAUAAAAACAAAAAUAAAAACUAAGAUGCAAUGAAAUAUGAAAUGCUUAAAUCACUUGGCUUUCUUAAUGUAACACUAAGUUUUCUUUUUUUAUUUUAAAAAAAAGUUUCAUUUUCAGUAAUUGUCAUGUUGGGGUCAAUUUUUUUUUUUUUUUUUUUAAUUUUCUUCAUUUAAAUCCUAAA